AUGGAAAAACCACAAAUAUUAGAUGAUGCUGUUCUUGAAAUGAAUGCAUCAAAUGAUCGUAGUAUUGAUAUUGUUCGUACUAAAAUAAAAAUAUUUGCAAAAUCAAAAGUAUCUUCACCAACAGAGCAACAUAAAAUAAUAAUUCUUGAUGAAACUGACAGGCGAUUAAUAGUCUUCAAUCAAACUGUAUUUAGAUUUUGUCAUGUUAAUAGUGAAAAUAUAUUCAAAAUUUGUGAUGAACCACAUUCAAUUAUUAUUUAUCAAAUGAGUGAAUUUACGCAAUUAGAAUUUAUUCGAGCAUAA